AUGCGGAUGUGGGAUUUCAAGGGGAGAUUACCAAAACUGGACGUUUCAUUUUACAGGUCGGAACGGAGGAUGAAAGAAGGAAAGUGUGAAAUUGUAACGAAAAAUAAAAAAAGAAAAUUUCCCAAAGAAAUGGAAUCGAUAUCCGUUCUUGGAUCGAACGGAAUUUUAAAAAGCAUUUACAGAUGUAAAUUAUGCGGACACAAAACGAAUCGUAGCAACAAUUUGAAAACUCAUUUGCAAAUACAUAAGAGAGUCGUGGCGUACAAGUGCGAGAAUUGCGGUAAAAGAUAUAGGAAAAGUCAUGGAGACGAUAAGAGUCAUUUGACGAGAAUGGAAAUCGUUAUGGAAAACAUCGAAGGACAAAUUAAGAAAUUUUACAGGUGUAAAAUAUGUCGUCACACGUCGAACAGGAGUAACAAUUUGAAAAAACAUUUGAAAAGUCACGAGUCGGGAAGGGACGACGAAUUUCCCUGCGACGAUUGCGGCGGAAAAUGUCGUCAGAGUCAAAUUGUCAAUUAUCACGUGAAAGAAAUCGAAGUCGUGACGACGCGUGACGGGAAGGGGAAAAGUAAAAAAUUAUUUUGUUGUAAAAUAUGCGGGGAAAAAUUUGGACGAAUGAUGAAUUUCAGAUCUCACAUAACGUCACACAAACCCAUAAACAUAUUCGUGUGCAAACUUUGCGGAAAGGAAUACCUGUGCGAAAAAGGUUUAAAAGAACAUUCGUUGAGUGCUCACGGGAAAAUCGAUGACGGGGAUGUUGAUGAUAAUGAUAAUGAUAAUGAUGAUGGUGGCGGUGCGCCUUUGAAAUUCCCUUACAAAUGCGAAUAUUGCGAUCAAUUGUUUCCCGAGAAAAUUAUAUGCGACGAACAUAGGCAAAUCCACGGAGGAGAAAAACCUUACAUAUGCACGAUUUGUAAAUCCGCGUUUCGAACUCAAAGCUCUCUUUAUUUACACGCCGAAAUUCACAUGAAAAAUACGGAAAUCGAUUGUCAAAUAUGCGAUAAAACGUUCGGUAGUAAAAGUUUUCUUCACAGGCACGUUCAAAGCGUUCACGAAAGGAUAGUCAAAGCCAAAUGCGACGUGUGCGAUAAAACGUUUACGGACACGUCCAAUUACAAGCAACACUUGUUGAUACACGCGGGAAUCAAAUCGUACAUGUGUCAAAUAUGCGGAAAGGGAUUCGUUCAACCGCAGGGAUUGCGAAUGCACAUGCCCUCUCACUCGUCCGAAUAUCCAUAUUCGUGCACGUUUUGCCCGAAAAAAUUCCGGAGAAAACAACAUUUCGAAUUGCACACGAUGAAACACGCGGGGGGAAAUAAUAAUAAUAAAUCGCAUCAAGACAUUAUGGAAAUAUUAUCAUCAGUCGACGACAAACCUUCAUCAUCGCUUAUAUGUCACUUGUGCGCGAAAGAAUUUAAAAAAGUGCACCUCCUUCACGCUCACAUACGUCGCGUUCACGAGAGAGUCGUCGUCGCGAAAUGCGACGUUUGCGGACGUGAUUUUCGCGAUGCAUCGAAUUAUUCGAGUCACAUGAAAAUCCAUUCGGAAGUCAAAUCGUACGUUUGUCAAAAUUGCGGCAAGUGUUUCGCACAGCUCCAAGGUUUGAAAAUACAUCAGAGAACGCACACGUUGAACUACCCGCAUUUGUGCAUGGUGUGCGGGAGAAGGUAUCGGACCAGGCAACAUUUGGAUCAACACGCGUCCGCGCACACGGAAGAAAGGCCCUACGAGUGCGAAUCGUGCGGAAAAUAUUUCAAAACGAGACUUCAUUUGAAAGCACACAGUUGGAUUCACAGCGAUAAAUUUCGUUACUAUUGCGAUUACUGUCGGAAAGGUUUCAAUAAUUCGAGUCAUUUGAAACUCCACGUGAAAAAUCAUCACGUCAACGUGAACGUGAUACAAGCGAGAAUCGAAACGGUGGGUCAACCCGAGCCCACGAUCGUGGAAUUACAGGGAUAUGCGAGACACAUGAAAAAUCAUUUGGGUGACAGGUCUCACAUGUGUCACAUAUGCGGUAAAAGUUUCAUUGAGAAAAAAGACAUUUCGCGUCACGUGAGAGAAGUUCACGAUAAAAUCAAAAGGUACAGUUGCGAAUAUUGCGGGAGAUCGUUCGCGACGAAAAACACGAGAAACGAUCACAGAACGAUUCACACGGGAGAAAGAACCUACGUUUGUCACAUUUGCGGUAAAACAUUUAAAACGGCCAAUUGCGUGUACGUGCACAGGAGAUCGCACACGGAUUACGCACCUCACAAGUGUCACUCUUGCAACAAAUCCUUUCGCACGAGGCAAAGGUUAAACAAUCACGUGGCCAUACACACGGGCGAAAAACCCUACGGAUGUCAAAUUUGCGGUAAAAGAUUCAUAACGAAAUCUCAAUUGAAUGGUCACAUGGAAAUCCAUUCCGUCGACAGACCGUACACGUGUUCGCACUGCGGAAACAAAUACAGCGUUAAAAAAUAUUUAAGGGUUCAUUUGAAAACGCAUCAUCCGGAAAUUGAAAAUCCAUGCGACAUAUGCGGUAGAAAGUUCGCUUUGAAAGCCGCGAGAGAAGAUCACAGGAGGAUACACACGGGUGAGAGACCGUUCGUUUGCACGACUUGCGCGAAAGCAUCCCUGUACAUCCACGGGAAAACUCACACGGAUUCCUUUCCUCACUCGUGCGCGUACUGUUCGAGAAGGUUUCGAUGGAGGCAACAGUUGUUGAGUCACGUCACGACUCACACGGGUGAAAAAAAACACUUUUGCGACGAGUGCGGAAAAGGUUUCGGUGUGAAAAACGAUUUGACUCGUCACAAAUUGGUGCAUUCGCAAGAGAAACCUUUUCUGUGCUUGACGUGCGGCCUUUCGUUCGGUCAAAAAAGAUAUUUGAAAAAGCAUUUUAGAAUACACACGAUGGAGUAUCCGUUCGAGUGCAACACGUGUGGGAAAAAAGUUCGAACGACGGGCUCGUUGAGAUCUCAUCAAAAGCUACACUACGACAGCAAGGUGCUCAAGUGCGAUUAUUGCGACGAGAGAUUUCGAUUCAAUCAACAGAGGAUUCAUCACACGAGACGGCACCACACGAAGGAAAAACCUUUCGCGUGUCAAUUGUGCGAUAAAAAAUUCGAAGUCAAACAAGAGCUCAAACGUCAUUUGUUCGUUCACACGUCGGUUAACAGUUUCGAAUGCGAUUAUUGCGGAAGGAAAUUCAAACAAAAGAGAUAUUUGUUAAAUCAUCUUAAAUCACAUUCGGAAUUGCUUUUGAGACACGGGAAAACACACGAGAGGAAAAAACAAUUCAUAUGUCACUUGUGCGGAAAAGAAUUCAAACACAAUUACGCGUUGCAAAGACACGUGAGAACGGUUCACGAGAACAAGAGAGAUUUCGAAUGCGAUUUGUGCGGGAAAGCGUUCAUGGAAAAAAGCGUGAGAGACGAUCACAGGAGAAUACACACGGGAGAAUGUCCCUACGUGUGUCCCACGUGCGGGAAAGCGUUCAAAACUAUGGCGUCGUUGUGCACGCAUAGGAAAAUACACACGGAUUCGUUUCCGCACGAGUGCACGUUCUGUCCGAAAAGGUUCCGAUUCAAACAACAGCUUUUGGGUCACCUGACCAUGCACACCGGGGAGAAAAAACAUUUUUGUGAUAUUUGCGGAAAAGGUUUCGGCGUUCGGUGGGAUUUAACCCGACACAGGCCGAUACAUAAUAAAUCGAAGGAUUUCGUUUGCGCGAUAAAGAAGGAACCUUUGGAUGUUGUUGUUGUUGACAUAAAGGAAUCAAUUGAAAAAAAUAGUACCGGGAUGGGUGUAAAAAAAGAAUCGGAUUCGCGGAAAUGCGGGAAAUGCGAAAAAAUUUUUCACAACGAAAAAUUAUUAAAGCGUCACGAGAAAACUCAUCUCGGAUUGGGUUUGUUCAUUUGUCACGUUUGCGGUAAAUCCCUUAAUAAAAAAGGAGCUUUGGUACGUCACGUGAGAAACGUUCACGAGGGAAGACGGGAUUGGAUAUGCGAUUUGUGCGGGAAAGGAUUUCCCGAGAGAUCCGUUCGAGAAGAUCACAGGCGGACUCACACGGGAGAAUGUCCGUACGUGUGUCACGCGUGCGGGAAAAAAUUUAAAACUAUGGCGUCGCUGUGCAUACACAGCAAAGUUCACGUGAACGAUUUCCCUCAUCGGUGUCCCUAUUGUCCGGGUAAAUUCAGGUGGAAAACUCAAUUGAACGGUCAUUUGACGACUCACACGGGAGAGAAAAAGCACAAAUGCGACGUGUGCGGGAAAGCGUUCGGAGUGAAAUGCGAUUUGAACAGGCACAAACACGUUCACUCGAAUGAGAAACCCUUUUCUUGUUCCAUGUGCGACUAUAGUUUUUCACAAAAGCGAUACCUCAAAAAACACGAGUUGUCGAAACAUGGCGGAAAAGACGUCGCGAAAAAUCCCAAACAAAUACGCGAAUGA